AACGUUAAUCACUUUAAACUCUGAAUCGUUGUGCUUUCGCUAGCUUAGAAUGAGCCCUUCAUAUCCACAAGAGAUAUUGGCCCUCUUGCACGGAGCCCGCCAUGUUGCACCGCCAUGUUUCUACUGCACCCCACAAAGGACAAACUAAAGAUUAAAGUCUCUAAACGAGCCUUUGACGUGUUUACACUGAAGUGUCUGCAUCGGCUGCAUGAAUGCACCAGCUGGAAGCCAAAGAAAAAGAGGAUAGAGUGGCUGCUGAUGCGGCCUGCGCAUCUUCACGAGGAGCGCCUGUCCAGAGUGUUUGACGAAGUGAUGGGGCUUGGGGACUUUGCUGACUCCUCCAGAGGCUCUGCCAGCUCUUCCCCAAGUGGAGGUCAGGACGAGACAACGGCAGUAGACAAAACUUCAGGACAAGGGGAACAGCAACCGAUGGAAGAAGAGGACCACAGCAGUAAAGUAGAAAAGAUGGACAAGGGGAUGGGAGAGUCCUCCUCUCCUCGCAGUUCCUCCCCUUCCACUGUCCGACCCUCCUCGUUUAUCAUGGGAACUAAUGAAGGAGGAGGAGGAGGAGGAGAAGGAGAAGGAGAAGGAGAAGGAGAAGGAGAAGGAGAAGGAAGUGGAAGUGGAGGGGCCGCAUGUGAUGACGCACUAGAUGGCCUUCCUUCGUUUGGGCCAGAGGAGGAAGAGGAAGAGGAGGAGGAGGAAGAAGAAGAUGAUGAUGAUGAUGACGACGACGACGAAAAAGAAGAAGAAGAAGAAGACUGGGAUUGUGCCAUGCAACUGGACAGGCUGGAGAAUGCUGAUGCAAAAAAAAAAAAAACAGUCCAACCAGAAGUUGGAAACAACGCAACUCCAGGCAAACCCUCUGCCCUUCAGCCCAGAGAACAGGAGCAGCAGCAGCAAGAGAGGGAAGGGAGCACAGAGUCGGCUAACACCUCCCACUCCUCAAAGGACCACACACCUGAUAACAGCCGAGAUGGAAGCAUCCUGACCCAGACAGAGGAGACUGAGGAUAGCCAGGAGGGAGCGAGGUCAGAGGCAGCGCCGAUGGAGGACAGUAACCCCCCGUUGUCAACUACAAUCAAUAUUAAAGACGAGCCCAUCGACGAAGGCUACGACAAUGCUUUACUGCCUCAGAGCUCCAUCAGACAGAUCAAAGAGGAGCUGGAGAAUCAGGAGGAGGAGCUGCGGAUCAGCUCCGUCUACUCCGUAGGUGGAGGGAACGCCUUUACGUCCCCUACCGUUCCAACAGCAGUCCCAGCUCCCCCUACGACGACCAUUUUUAUCCCAGGUAGAGGUGCUGUCCUACAAGCUAUGACUCCCUUUCCUCUCAGACCACCUGCCCCAAUCACGAGUUCACUACCAGCUCUGGUACCAGCACCCCCACGCCCACCUCCGCCCUCCGUUUCUGGGAGUGUUCGCUGCAGUGGCUGCUCUAAGGUUCUGCUGAAAGGCCAAACGGCGUUCCAAAGAAAAGGUUCCACGCAGCUCUUCUGCUCCACGGUCUGUCUGACCGGCCACCUGCCUGCAGCCAACAAGAACAAAUCCUGUUUCCAGUGCAACAGGGACAUCCUUCAGCCCAGGGACAUGAUCACGAUUCCAGGAGACGACAGCACCUUCAUCAACUUCUGUAGCCAGUUCUGCCUGUCCGUCUUCAGACAGAAGAAGAAGCAGGCCGACAAGAUCCCUGAUAAACGGGUGGAGAGGAAGCCAGAGAAGCCGCCUGAGAAACCAGUGGAGCGGUCGCCUGACAAACCCGUUUGCAGUGUCUGCAGAGUCUCUAAUAGGCAGAUUGAGCAUGAGGUCACCCAUCAAGGUCGUCUACACAGACUCUGCAGUGAUGCUUGCUUUGUAACUUGGCGCAAGAUGCGGCACCUGGCGAUGAACUGCUGUGAAGGCUGCGGACUUUACUGUAGCAGCAGCUCAGGCUCCUGUCAGACGCUCACCAUCGACAGAUCUCAGCUCAACUUCUGUGGUCCAACCUGUAUUGGCACCUACAAACAGAAUUGCAGAAAGACCGUUGAGUGUGCCUACUGUCACAAAAUGGCCAUAGUGUCUUUCACCAUCAUGGAACGAGAUCAGAGGGGCAAAGUCCAGCUGUACUGUUCAUCUCCUUGUGUGGAGCGCAGUCGACCACCACGACACGUCCUCACUGGUACUGCAUUCCCCUGCUGCCUGUGCAAGGUGUCGGCUGUUCCUCAGUACCAUCUGGCCAUGGUGGACGGCACCAUUCGUAACUUCUGCUCCUAUGACUGUGUUUGCAUAUACAGGAAGUCCGGGAUCACCUCUCAGCCGGACCUUAUCAAUGGAGCCUCUAUUCUCAGGGACUCUUCCCUCAGAGACGCCCCCAAACCAGGGCCCUCUGCGGGAGCGAGCUCAGUCCCUCCCAUCCCUCAGGACCACCCAUCUUCAGUCCCUUACCAGGGCCACCAUCACAGUCAUACCUCAGUGCCCCCACUGGUGCCUCCCUGCCCAGCCAACUCCUCCCCCUCUGUCCCCGGGCAAGCUCAGGCCAGGACACCUGCUGGUCAGCCCCUGAAACCAGCGGAGGGCGGGCCCACCGACACCUCCAAGCUGACCUGCCAUCAGUGCAGCAAACAGUUCAACACAAAGCCGCUGCUAUUCAGUCUACAAGGUCAGAUUUCUAUGUUCUGCAGUAGGACGUGCUGUGAGCAGUAUAAAACCCAGAAGAAUAUCCUGAUUAUGUGUGAGUUCUGUAAACAGGAGAAAGUGCUGUUUGACACCAUCAGCUAUAACCAACAGGACCUGAUCUUCUGCGGUGAAAGCUGUAAGCAACUUUAUAAACACGACCUGACAGCUCGUAACAAGGAUCAUUCUUGGCGUCCCUGCACCUACUGUGCCGGCAUCAGCCAGAAGAUGCUGCACAGCCACUACGGAGGCAAGAUGGAGGAGUUCUGUAGACCCCACUGCAUGUCCCAGUACACUGUGCUCUACUAUGGGAUGGGUCGAUGUGAUGGUUGUCGGAAACAGGGCUACAUGGCUGAGAAGCUGCAGUGUUUGGGUUCAGUCCGUAAUUUCUGCAACCUGCCCUGCUUGCUGCAGUACUGCUACCUGCACUUUGAGACGAGCCGCCCCACCAGCAGUAACGGUACUGGAACGGCCCCGCAAACACCGUUUGCUCCAGCGCAGCCCCAGCACUCUUCCAGGAUGAAUCCCGUCAUAGCUGAUGUCGUGUCACUGGCCAAUGGCUCUGCCUGUCAGCCCAGUGUGUCAGCAGAUACUGCUCUUACUGGAGCACUUGCGACCUCCAACGUUGACGGGAAGAACCUAGACCAUGCCAGUACACAGACUGAUGCCAUGCGAGUGCCAACGCCCCGUCGACGUCAAAUGAAGAACAAGUCGGUUCUGUGUCGGCCCUUCACCAUGGACCAAGAGAGCAUGUGCCAGCUGCCCACACCCUUCGAUGAUUUAACAGCUCUGACUCUGCCCUCAGUUAGCUUAUCUGCAGGGGAGGGAAAUGUGAAAGUGUUGAUGGUGCCAGUCCCAAUACCGGUCUUCAUUCCAGUGCCCAUGAACAUGUACUCCCAGCACACACCAGUUCCAAUGGCCAUGCCCGUUCCCGUUCCAGUACCCAUCGUCGUGUUAGCGCAGAAGAAGGACAUGAAAGACGCAGCAGUCCAGUCAGAGCUUGUGACUGUGGGGGAAGAGAGACAGGAAGGUGGGCCUGUUUCCACUGCAGACCAGAGCAGCUCUUUCAACGGAGACGUGAAGUCAGAGGCGGUCCCUCCCAAAAUCCGUGAAGACGAGGAGACUGAAAAAGCAGUGCAAGCCGACCUGCCACUUACUGUAAGUGCAGAGAGCAUCCCAGAAUCAAGUGAUCCCCAACUUCAUACCCAGCCAGAGGGGACCACGACGACCAGCGACCCACCAUGCACCAGUGCUGAGCCUCAACCUCCCUCCUCUCCAAUGAUGGACUUGGAGACUGACAUCCCGAAUGAAUCGUUGGAUCAGAAGUCACCUGCUCCACGAAGAGGCGUGAAAAGACCCAGAGAAGGUUACUCCGGACGGAAACGGGGUCGAAGACGAACUGUCCCGCUGAACCGCAACGCAGCGGUGACUCCAGCAGCCGCCAAACUGAACCACCUGUACGGGGUUAAAGCCUGGAGGAGUUGGGUCCGACAACAGAACAAACACCCGGGACAAUCCGAUCUAGUGGAUAUCAAAGAGGACGUCGUUCAGUGUGACUCUGCUGAGCUGAGCUUUGCUCUGGCUCACUUCAUCAGAGACGUGAGACGGCCCAACGGAGAGGCCUACAGGCCAGACAGCAUCUUCUACCUCUGUCUGGGGAUACAGCAGUAUCUGUUCAUAAAGGGCCGCAUAGAGAACAUCUUCACCGACGAGCUGUACAGUCAGUUUGCUACCAAGAUCAGCGGGAUGCUGUCGCUCUGGAAACCUAGACUCCUACCGAGUGGUGCUCCUGUUUCCUCCCGUGUGGUGGAGUCCUACCUGUGGGAGUGCAAGCAGCUGGGCGCCUACUCGCCCAUCGUGUUGCUCAACACGCUGCUCUUCUUCUGCGCCAAACACUUCGGCUUCACCACACUGGCGCAGCACCAAGGCCUCUCCUUCACCAACUUCACACGACACUCCAAACCCUGCUACCGAGCUGGCAAAACCCACUCCCUCCGACACCACAGAAGCAGCACCGCCACGCCGCACACAGAGCGAUUGAGAAAAAGACAGGGUGAGGAAGAAGGGGACCUCGAGAUGCUGGAAGAUGUCUCCAACCGUCUACACUGUCCUGUCAGACUCUACGAGUUCUACCUCUCGAGAUGUCCUGAGUCCAUGAAGACCAGAACCAACGUGUUUUUCCUGCAGCCUGAACAGAUCGUGAACACUCACAGUUCCCACUGGUACACCUCUCAACCGUUAGAGGCCACCACCCUCCAGAGCAUGCUCACGCGCAUCUUGGCCGUCAGAGAGGUCCAGCAGCACCUGCACGCCACCGCUGCUGCUGCUGCUGCUGCUGCUGCUGCCGGCAACGACAGUUUACAAUGA